AUGGUGGCCAUUUCCAAAACGAACCCACGAGCACUGUGGCAGCAAAGGCCACGGGUAUUGUUUUCUCUGUGGCCUUGCCAAUUCAUAACUCGCCAUUCGAGAUGGUCAAGUCACAUGAUUAAUGAACUCAUUGACGAGGAGCUGUUACCAGGCGACCGAUUGAGGUCCUUCCAUCCUACCCGACCUGGUGAGGUGCUGGAUGGCAGAUUCAGGACAAUCGCAAAACUUGGUUAUGGGGGCGGCUCUACCGUUUGGUUAGCAGAUAAUAUUGCGUUCAAGGACUCGGCAGAUACAUCGGCUCCCCGCUAUGUCGCUGUCAAGAUCGCGGCUCUGGACAUAGAUGCAGCCUGGGAGGCCGGGAUCUCAAAGCUCAUAGCCAAAGCUGACCCGUCACACGAAGGACUAAAAUUUAUUCGAACACACAUCGACGAGUUCCAAUUAACGGGCGAAAGUGGAACACACUCUUGUCUCGUGUACACUCCUAUGAGAGAAACUCUAUUCCAGCUCCAACACAGACUACGGGGUCAGAGACUUGCACCGCCUCUCUUCAAGUUUUUCAUGUACUGUCUCCUUGAAGCUGUUGACUACCUGCAUACUAAAUGUCGCCUCAUUCAUACAGACAUCAAGGACGACAACAUUCUUGUGACGAUUGAAAGCGAAGCUGUCUUAAAGAAAUUUGUCAAACGUCAAAUGAAGAACCCGCAGCCGAAGCACGUUCGAAUCCAGGAUGGCCGUGAAAUUUACCUUUCGCAAGGUAACUUUGGGCCCUUGCAAGGCUCUAGACUGCUGCCAAAGCUCGCCGACUUCAAUCUCGCCUUUCCCGGACUAGCUGAUGGUAACGGCCACCUUUCCGCCAUCCAAUCCCAUCGUUUCCGCGCCCCCGAGGUCAUCCUAGGCUGUCCGUGGUCCUAUAGUGUCGAUAUCUGGAACCUUGGCCUCCUUAUGUGGAACCUCAUGCAAGAUGUUAGUCUGUUCGACCGGCCUGCGGGUGAAGAUGGCGAGUACGACGCUCAUGUCCACCUGGCCCAAAUGGUAUCCCUCUUAGGAGAACCAGACGAGGAAUUGAUCAAGAGGGAGCGCUUCUUUCGUAAUUGCCAGCUCGAGAAACCUGUCAUUAACUCGCGUGGAAAGGAGUGCAAGACCAUGAACGAGUUCUGGGGUGGCCCAUUCUUCAAUGAUGAGAAUAAUAUUCUCCGUACAGAUCUUGUGGAAAGGAAGAUGCUAGCAGAUACGAUAACAGAACUAGCUGGGGACGAGAAAGAUGUAUUCCUUGACUUUGCGUCUGGGAUGCUCCAAUGGUUACCGGAAAAACGCAAGACUGCUAGGGAACUGCUGCAACAUCCUGUCUUUAACUCUUUGAACGAAAGUCGUGCCUGGUGGCGAGAGUGA